AUGAGAAUUGGUGAUAGUUCUGUUGGGGGUGAGCCUGUGUCUGAUAUGCUCAAAACGGGCUUUCUGUCAAGUCCAUCUGCUUGUGCUAAGCUGGUUGGGCAUGUGUAUCAAGUGGUGACCUUGGUACUUUCUCGAGCCUUUCCUUGGAUAAGAAAGAAGAAGCUGCCAUGUAUUAUCUUCAAAGGGGAUGAUUUUUGCUACUGGGGCCAUGCGGAACUCGCGUGUUGUUGUCCAUCUUCUGCCCUGCUUGAUGAACUGGUGAAGAAGAAUGCUGAUUUGACUUACAAGCUCUCGAACGAGCGGAUUCUCCAUGGUGCGAGGAUUUCCCAGAUGAAGGAGAGUAUGUCUGCGAUCAAGAGUUUUGUUGGCCAAAAUGAUGGUGAGCUCAAGUCUCUUAUGGCUACUUUGCUUAAAUGCAAGGAAGCUUACUUUUGCCUUGAAUGUAAGCAAGCUGCUCUGGACCAGUAUCUUGACAAGCUGCUGGUCAAGUUUGACACUCAUCUUGAAGCCACGAAGGCAUCCUAG